CUAUAAUACACACCGCAACCCACACCCGGACUGUGGCGCCCAUCCUCUCCCUCUCAGUGCGACUCCUCCGAGGGAUCAGGAGUAAGUCAAACUUCCUGCUGCUCAAGAUUUGUGCGCAACAUUUGAAGGGUUGAAGACGUGAAGGACUGAUGUCCAGAUGCUGUGCUCGUCCAUGUGUGGUCCAACUCCUCUCUCCCUGACCAUUUCAUGGGCGUCGAACCGUCCAAAGCACCUGCAGCUUUUGCUUUACUCACAACCAUCCCCUGUAACCCCUCACCCCCAACCUUUACCAUAACCGUCCUCUGCUGGUCGUCUGCCUCCCUCCCAAAACAUGGUGCUCCAAGCUUUAGUCUUGGCUCUGAUGUGUCAAGGUGUCCUGCUGUCGGUCGGAGAGCCGCCUCAGUCACGUCGGGAGAUACGAAUUGAGGGCGAUCUGGUGCUGGGUGGCUUGUUCCCGGUCCAUGAGAAAGGAGCUGGAAUUGAGGAGUGUGGUCGAGUGAAUGAGGACCGGGGAAUCCAGAGGUUGGAGGCCAUGCUCUUUGCCAUCGACCGGAUCAACAUGGACCCCUCUCUACUGCCUGGCAUCUCCUUAGGAGUCCACAUUCUGGAUACCUGCUCUAGAGAUACCUAUGCGCUGGAGCAGGCCUUGGAGUUUGUCCGAGCUUCCCUAACUAAGGUGGACGACACAGAGUUUAUCUGCCCGGACGGAUCAUACGCCAUGCAGGACGACAGCCCGCUCGCCAUCGCAGGAGUCAUCGGAGGGUCCUUCAGCAGCGUCUCAAUACAGGUUGCCAACCUUCUCAGGCUCUUUCAGAUUCCUCAGAUAAGCUACGCGUCAACCAGCGCUAAACUUAGCGACAAGACCCGCUACGACUACUUUGCCCGCACCGUGCCCCCAGACUUCUACCAGGCUAAGGCCAUGGCUGAAAUCCUUCGUUUCUUUAACUGGACCUACGUGUCCACUGUCGCAUCGGAAGGGGAUUACGGUGAAACUGGUAUCGAGGCUUUUGAGCAGGAAGCCCGCAUGAGGAACAUCUGCAUCGCUACAUCGGAAAAAGUGGGUCGUUCAAAUGCCAAGAAGUCCUACGAGUCAGUGAUCCGACAGCUCCUUCAAAAGCCAAACGCUCGUGUGGCCGUCCUUUUCCUGCGUAGCGAUGAUGCCAGGGAGCUGCUGGCAGCUGCUGCCCGGCUUAACGCCUCCUUCAUCUGGGUUGCCAGUGACGGCUGGGGCGCCCAGGAAAGCAUAGUCAAGGGAAAUGAGGUCACAGCUGAAGGAGCAAUCACACUGGAGCUGGCAGCCAAUCACGUGCCAGAGUUCAAUCACUACUUUCUCAGUCUAAACCCAGUCAAAAACCUCCGAAAUCCGUGGUUCAGGGAAUUCUGGGAGCAGCGCUUUCAGUGCUCCUUAGAAGGAGGAGCAGCGGCGGGAGUUGGGGAAACACUUCUCCCUCAAUGUGACAAGGACCUUAUCAUGAACAAAAGCACCUUUGAACCAGAGUCUAAGAUCAUGUUUGUGGUGAACGCGGUGUACGCCAUGGCCUACGCUCUUCAUCAUAUGCAACAGACUCUGUGUGUCAACACCACCAAGCUGUGCGACAGCAUGAAGGCCCUGGAUGGACGCAGACUCUACCGAGACUUCAUCCUCAACGUCAGCUUCACAGCCCCUUUCUCUCCACCCGGCGCCGAAACGGCGGUGAAGUUCGAUUCCCAGGGUGACGGAAUGGGACGGUACAACAUCUUCAGCUAUCAGCACACUGGCGACCGCUACAGCUACAUGCCCGUAGGCGAGUGGGCUGAGACUCUGAGUCUGAGCAGCGAUCUGAUUCACUGGCCCAAAGAAGCUGUGCCCACCUCCCAAUGCAGCGACCCCUGUGAACGCAAUGAGAUGAAGAAAAUGCAGGCAGGUGAAUACUGCUGCUGGAUCUGCACCGCCUGCGAGCCUCAUGAAUACCUCGCUGAUGAGUUCACAUGCUCGCCCUGCGCUCCGGGCCAAUGGCCCACAGACGACCUAACAUCCUGUUACGAGCUUCCCGAGGACUAUAUUAUGUGGGAAGAUGCCUGGGCCAUCGGUCCAAUUACCAUUGCCUGUGUAGGGUUCAUGUGCACUGGCCUGGUGUUCUGGGUCUUCAUCCGACACAACAACACACCGGUGGUGAAGGCGUCAGGCAGGGAGUUGUGCUACAUCCUCCUUUUGGGAGUCUUCAUGUCCUACGCCAUGACUUUCCUAUUCCUGGCCAAGCCGUCUCCCGCCAUCUGCGCCCUGCGACGCCUUGGCCUGGGCACAUCCUUCGCUGUCUGCUACUCUGCCCUUCUCACCAAAACCAACAGGAUCGCCAGGAUAUUCAACGGGGUGAAAGACGGAGCGGGCGCGGUGAGGCCGCGCUUCAUUAGCCCGUCCUCUCAGGUGUUCAUCUGUCUGAGUCUGAUCUCAGUCCAGUUGGUGAUGGUGUCGGUGUGGCUGCUGCUGGAGGUUCCCGGGACGCGGCGGUUUACGUUGCCGGAGCGACGCCAAACGGUCAUCCUCAAGUGCAACGUGCGAGACUCCAGCAUGUUGUUGUCACUGGGAUAUGACGUGCUGCUGGUCAUCCUGUGUACUCUAUAUGCCUUCAAGACCAGGAAGUGCCCUGAGAACUUCAAUGAGGCAAAGUUUAUUGGAUUCACCAUGUACACGACCUGCAUCAUCUGGCUGGCCUUCCUGCCCAUCUUCUACGUCACCUCCAGCGAUUACCGGGUCCAGACCACGACCAUGUGCAUCUCGGUCAGCCUGAGUGGCUUCGUGGUGCUGGGGUGUAUGUUUGCUCCCAAAGUCCAUAUCAUCAUGUUUCAGCCGCAGAAGAAUGUGACAAGUCAUCGUCUGAACCUGAACCGCUUCAGCGUGAGCGGGGCGGCGACCACAUACGCGUCUCACGCUUCUGUCAGCGCCCACUUUGUCCCCACCGUGUGCAACGGGCGAGAGGUGGUUGACUCCACCACCUCGUCUCUCUGAGCCCCCCCCCUCCCCUGUCCUGCGACUGUUAGCCAAACCAUGAACUCCUGAGAUCAUGUCAGCGUCACCUUGCGCGCGCACACACACACACACACACACACACACACACACACACACACACACACACACGCUCCUCGUGGACUAGAACUGUAUCGUUUACAAAUGUAGAAAGUGUGUAACUAUAAUUAAAUUAUUUUCUAGUGAUGUAAAUACUUGAAACUUGUUGUAAGUAGAGAAUCAAAAGAACAAAAAAAAAUGUUUUUAGGAGAGACUUUUUUGGAGCCUUUGUUUUUGAUAGCUUUGUUAUGAUGUAAAUAGACAUUACUGGCUUAAACAAGGUAGGAGGGAGUGAGUGCCCCUCGCUGUGGAUGCACAUACGUGGCUCUGCUCGCCCUCACCUGCAAUACCCCACAGAGUUUUUAUUCUUUUUGUAGAUCUCAUUGUAAUAACCAACGUUGGCAUUUCUAUUGUCCUAGCUGUACAUUUGUAUAUAGUAUGACUGAUGGUUCAAACAGCACAAAAGCAGAACUGAAGUGUUGGGAAGUGAGGGACGUUGCGUGUACAGAGAACCCAUCCUGCUCAUCACAGACUGUGGCACUGUAUUAUUCUGAGUUUAGGAAUUAACCCUGUCACAUCUGGAUAGGUGUGUCAUGCAUCCUUGAUCUGUGAGGCGUUUUGCUGGGAAACGUGUUUUUGAUACAAAUGUUCUUUUUUUUUCUAUUGCUAAUCAUUAGAUCCCUUUAUCGAAGUGGCCAUAGAUUCAAGCAUGUGUUCAUCAAACAUAACACACGCAAAAAAACAUUUUACAAUGAUGAUUUUGUGACAUUGAGGAGAUUAUGCUGUCAAUAUCUGUUGACUACUUAAAAACUGACUGAACGUACUCUUUAUGCCUCUCAAUAUUAUGAUAUAUGAUUCUGAUAUGGCUGAAGUGUGUUGACUUAGACACAUUUAUGCGCAAUGUUAUGUUGCGUUCAUAUUUCUUUCCACAAAGCUUACGGAUAUGGACCAAAUGGAGCAGUACCACUGCAAACCAUGGGGGGCAGUGUUGCUGUCACUACCUGAUAUGUAGCUCUGAGACACGAAGAAGACAUAACAACAGCGGAAAUACUUCGUCCUCCAGUCACGAUAUAUUUAACCCCCUCACCGACCACCGCCGCCUACAACACUGCCUCUGCUUUGUCUUUUGAGGUACUUUAUCAAUACAGUGGUACCUGUGGUAUACAGUGGUAAUUUCAAGAUUUUUUUGCUUCUGAUUUCGAACAAAAAUCCAGAAGUCAAACGCCCCCGAAAAAAGCAGUAAAAACCAUAAUGUCCGCGGACCGAUCAGCUGGCCCACGAGGCGCUUUGUUAUUGUGUAUAACGCAGCCUCUGUAUGCAGACGUGUCCCGUUAGCUACAUUUACUGACUGUUUUUUCUUCAUAUUGAGGUGUAAAACCUUUCCUGUCUCCUCAGUGGACCGUGGUAGAGUGUCACAGGGGAGGUGCUCGCUCUCACUCCAGGGUUUGAUGUCCUGUUGUGGGCUGGAGCUGGGACAGGGAUGAGGCGAGUCUGGGACAGAGCGUGACUUGGUUUAUGACUUUGUCACAGCCAAACUGCACAGAAGCGCACAUUCAGAGCUGGACACGCACAGGGCACCUCUUCCCUUCUGGAGAGACGUCACUCACUCGGCAACCCCUCCCACAUGCAGCGGCCACACACAUAGAGGAACAGCGCACCUGCAGCAGACACUCUACAUUCACUCCUACAAAAGACUAUUUUAAGGCUUGGAACGCAUUAUUUAUUUUUCCAUUCAUUGUAAUGGGAAAAAUUGAUUCAGAUUUCGAACAAAUCGCUUCUCAAACGGCCGUCUAGAACGGAUUGCGGUGGAGAACCGAGGUACCACUGUACUUCUUCCACAGCCACCAUGUUUGUUUUGGAGUUUGUCCUUAUCAUAAACUUUUGACUCUGGGCUGCUCCUCCUAGUGGAUAUAUUGGUGAACAGCAACACCAAUGUAAAGCGCGGAUGGACAUCAAUGACGGUAAUAUUGUUUGAAAAUUUGUGUGUAAAGGGAGCAUAAAUGGGCCCUAAAGUGAAGCCAUAUUUCAGUUUUUAAAGAAUAUUUUUUAACAAUAAAAAGCUAAACAAAAAAAAAUGAGCCAUUCAUAGAUUAUUGGACAUUUAUAUUGAAGACUUUAUAGUACUUUGCGUACAUUACUUUACAUAUACAUAUAAUAAAACAGGAGAAAUUUUAAAGUUUUUAACAAUAAUAGCAGAUAUCAAAUGCAGCAUGAUUUAGUGAACAUGACCGACGUCAAACAAGAAAUCUGAGGCACAUUGUUCCUUUCAGAUCAAAGAAAGCAGCACCCUUUCACACGCAGCUCGCCUCACCACAGCAAGUAGCACCAGUUACUCUUCCAACACCAAAAUCUCAUCAGACAGUUUGAUGAACACAUGCUGAAUUAUUGAAGGGGAAGUGGUAGCUGAUGUUUUUGUGCCCUUAGGCACAGCACAUGGUGAUGUUUCGAUUACGGCUAUGUGCCUUAAUGUAUGUUUUCUGGAGCUCCAGGUGGAGCGCGAAAGAGAUGGGUUUUACAUUUCCGCUUGUGUGUGAUCUCACAGUAGAGUUUGGAGGGGCGAACGGAGGUUGUCACAUUCCACCCCACCCCCCUGUCCCCCCCCCGCAAGCUCCCUGUCAUCGAUUGUUUACGUGUUCAAUCCGAGGAACUAUAAGGCUGCAGAGAAUUUCUCUAACCCCCUCCUCCUUCAUUUUUCUGUGCAAAUAAAACAAUAAGUGGAUAUUUCACAUAGCAAGCGUGCCAAGUCGUCUUUUUCAGCCAGAGGAAGGCAGAGCCCGGAAUCUCAUCGAUUAUUAAGAUGGCAGCACGUUGACGGGUUGAUUGGAGUGUGGGGUUUACAUGGCUGCGCUAAAUGUGUUGACGUUGGGAGGCAGAGUGGCGCAGCUGGCUCCAGCCGUCCCACGGCGGCCCGCGAGAGGAAGCCGAGCAAACAGCGUCAGCUGUUGCCUCGUCGCCGAUAACAAAAGAUGUGAGGGGGAAGCUCGCGCGCUUGAUAAUGUACAUGUCAUUUGUCAAAAUUCUGAUCAGAGUUCAGGGUGGAAGACGGUCGAUCGAACCCUGAGUUGAGUGAGACCUAACUUUUUAUUUCCCCGAGAGCAGCACACAAGUGUUGAGUCUAAAAUGUUUGUUUUUUGUUUGUUUGUUUCAAUUGUGACUGAGAAAAAGUGUAUCUCAGAUAUAAUCUUUUUUUUUUUUUUAUUUCCUUAAAAUUUUACUUGAAUUAAACGUCAUGAUCAAUCUCAUUUGGGUUUUGACAAUUUCAGUUUUAAAAAUGUGGCUUAGCUUCUAAUUUUUUAACAUUUAAACAUGUAGAUCAGCCGUUAAAAAGUUGCCAUUUUUGUCACACAGGAUUUGCCAUAUUAGCCAAAAUGUCUUGAUUCGCGUCUAUGCUAAUUCAGGCAGCUUAGAUUUCUGGUGUAGAAAUGUGAGUUUAACAUUUUAUGUCAUCUUGUACGAAGGAUACAAUCAAAAAUUACGAUAGUUUCAUAAUUUUGUAGAAAGCAAAUGUGUUUACGAAAAGAAAACUGGGAUUGCUACAUUAGCUAUAAUGCUAAUUGAAAGAUUAGAUAGACAUAUGAGCUUGGUUCACGACUUGUCAAAACACGACGAUAUACAUAUAUAUAUAUCAUGAGUCUUUUCGUUGAGAACAAAAAUUCAGUUUUUUGGGUUUUUUUUCUCAUGAUAUUUAAAGUCAUAAUAGCUUCACUGCUGCGUUAGCUGAAUUGCUAAUGCAGGUUGUCGUGAACAUUGUUUCAAGUGAUCUACAGCUUCUUUAUUGGUUUAAACUCUCGCGCAGCCUGAUGCAUUAAACUCCAUUUGUCACAGUGAUGAAACGCCUAAGAUAUCUAUGGCAGAUAAAGGAAAAUAUAUGAAGUAAAGAACUGAUGUUUUGUUUGUUUCUCCUCUGCAGCCUCGCUGUGACCUCAACACUAAAGCACAACAUUUUUAUUAAACAAAAACUGCGGUGUUAUUUAUGGUUUUACUUUCAAAAGCCAGGAGAAAGAUCGUCUCUUGGACACAUAUGAUCUAUAGAACCAAGGUGCUCAAGUCUAUUUUUCUGCCUCUAACACCACACAGCAGCAUGAGGAACAAAAUGCGAUGUGUUUGAAGGACACCUCUUUUUCAAGACUCCUGUUGGAAGACUAUAUAGUUAACAUUAGAAACCCGGCAGCACAUUCAUCUGGUCACACCUUUGCGGCGCCAGGCUUUAAACACUGCUUUUGAUUAUCACACUGAAUGAUAGAUUUGAGGAAUUUAAGAGGCAUCGACGCGCCAAGACGAGUCGACCUACAUUGAGGUGUGUGUGUGUUAGGUGGAGAGGUGUCGGAGCAG